UUCCAAUCCCCUCCAUAUCAUGUGAUUCAGGUGUUCCAAUCCCCUCCAUAUCAUGUGAUUCAGGUGCUCCAAUCCCCUCCAUGGACACAGGUGUAUACAAUCAAGCCCCUAGGCAUGCAGACGGCUUGUACAAACAUUGGUGAAAGAAUGGGUCGCUCUCAGGAGCUCAGUGACUCCAAGCGUGAUCCCGUGAUAGGUGGUCACCUGGGCAAUAAGUCCAUCCGUGACAUUUCCUGGCUACUAAAUAUUCCGCACUCAACUGUUAGUGGGAUUAUAACAAAGUGGAAGCAACUGGGAACAACAGCCACUCAGCCACCAAGUGGUAGGCCACGUCACAUGACAGGGCGGGGUCAGCGCAUGCUGAAGCGCACAGUGCGCAGAAGUCGCCAACUGUCUGCAGAGUCAAUAGCUAAAGACCUCCAAACUUGGUGUGGCCUUCAGAUGAGCCCAACAACAGUGCGUAGAGAGCUUCAUGGAAUGGGUUUCCAUGGCCGAGCAGCUGCAUCCAAG